UUUAAUUAUUGGUUGUGCCUGCUGCGUGCGUGGUGCGUGUAUGUGGGCGCAGAUGCUGCUCCAAAGAAGAUUCUAGAUGUCAUGGAUGUGCCCGGAAUAACAAGAGACCACGUUGCCAGUCAUUUACAGAAAUACCGAAUGUUGUUGAGGCGGGUGUCGGAGCUAACGAUGCCUGCACCCAGAAGGUACGGCGUUAAUAAUCUGCAGACAUCAUUAGGCGGCGGCGCCGGGCGGUGGAAUAAUAAUAUCACGGCGCCUAUGCCCCCAGCUGGGACCUUCUCAUCAUCAUCGUCCUUUUUAUUCUCUGAUCCUCCUCCUCCUCCUCGCCUAGCCGUCGCUUCACCUCCCUGCAAUCAACCCAGCUGGCGGCCUGGAUAUGGUACCGGUGGUCGUCAAUCAAGCCUGCUGCUUUCGCCCCAUCAUCAUCACCAGCUUUUUAAUUUUGGACUACAGUCGUCCCCGUUGAUACCUGCAGCUAGCACCAAUAUGGUGGACCCAAUUUAUCAGCGAAGCUUCACAUCGUUGCCCCCACUGGUAAUCCCUGGAAAUAAUGACGAUGCUAUAGCUGCAGCCUCACCGCGGGUGCCGACACUGCAAUUGCACGGUGGAGGCGGCGGCAGUAGUAUGCUACAACCACCUCCUCAAACAUACAACAUUAAUAAUGCUACUGGAGGAGAUGAAACCAGCUCCCUGAAGCUACCUGCAAGGCUGGGGCUCACUGCUCCUCUCUCCACCGAAUUCUCCAUGUUUGACAUGAUGAUGAGCUUUUUUGCUGAUGAUGAUGAUCACCAACUGGAUGGCGGCGGCUUGCAGGCUACUCAUGAAGAUCUUAUAAUACAUAAUAAUGAUUGUGAAAAUCAAAAUUCCAACUUCAGCAAUAGUAGUAGUAGUAAUGCUGUGAAGAAUGUGACGACGACGACGACACAGUACUACGAUCAGGAUCUUCCAAGCCUUGAUCAGCUGAUGCUUCUGGAGCCGCGUAACGAUGAGGAAUUAUUCCUUCAAUCCGUGUUUGCUUCAAUGCCCUCCGUGGGCGCCGCCCAACAACACCACACAUCCAAUAAUUGAAUUAUUCAAGAUAAUAUGGAUCGAUGCAGCAUAUACGGGGAUAUAUAUGAUGCAUGGCUUGUAGCGACUUACGGAUGUACAAUUUCUUUCGACUUGUGACAGGUUUAGACAUAAAUUGAAUUGAUAAUUUGUUGACCCCUUUAGCCCACCAAGAGUAAAAUUUGAUUAUGUAAGGAAAAUACUUGAUCUAUUCUCAAACUUUACUCCAUCUUACAAGUCUCUGAUGUAAGUACUUUUUCUGGAACUCACACGAUCAAAAUAAUCAAUUUUUAUUUGUCA